AUGGUCGUGCACGUCGUUGUUGGCGUGGUUGUCAUUGGGUGGUGGGCGACGAACGUAGACGGUGGUGGUGCUUGGUUCAUUGCAUGGGCACUCGUUUGUUGUGUGACGUGGCACUCACGUGUCGUCCUGGCUGCGUUGCAACGUGCAGUCAUCAUUGAGGGCGGCCCCUGUGCCAAAUUUGAUUUCUCCGGAAUUCCGGGAAUUGCCCCAGAUUCCGCUGGAUUUCCGCAGGAAUCAGUGGAGGACAAUAAAGACCUCUUGGAGCUUUUGAAGAUGUUACCUAUGAGACAGAAGUUGGUUUUUUUCUCAGUCACAACUGCCGAUUUGCUUACCAUAUGGCGCUGGCCCAACGCAAUCCUCUCUAAUAUCUUGCUCCUGGAGUCACGAAACAUCAAGGUUUCGAGAUCUUUGACUGGCAAGCUCUUCACAGCCAUGAUGGCAGUACUUCGCAAAGGCACCCUGAAUCCCGCAUUACUAGUAUUUUUCACUGAGGUUACUUCCUUCACCUGCACAUUUCGGGUCUUCUGGAGCGUCGCAAGUGAUGCUGCAGCAACUGGAGCCUUUUUUGAUGCACGUGGUGGUUUUGGCUUUACAGCCAAGGUGGAUACCUUCGACGCGGCAGAUGCUAUAUUGGCAGCUGCCACAGAUGCUUUUGUCCAUGCCCUUGGAGCCAUGGUCAAGUGGGACGAGAAUGAGCUUACAACUUCACCGUCCAUGUCCCCAGUUACCUGA